AUGAACGUAAGUUGGGGUGGAUUAACACAAGUUGGUACUUUUAAUGGUACUGGUUGUUUGGGGAUGUUGUUGUAGAUGUCUAGCACCGUUUAGUGGUAGAUGGAGGUUUUAAUUAAGUUACUGCCGCGAUUCAGGUCAUUUGCUGUGAAAUUAACUCAAAUCUGGUUUGGCGAAAACAAGAAAGGCAAGAUAUUAUCCUUCAACAGGUUUAUCUCUCUGGUUUACGAAGCUAUCAGCGCGCAAAAACAACUGUAAACUUAAUUACAACAUGACGCUUUCACAGUAAAAUUACUAUCACUGAUAUCACAAUGUUAUCAUAGCUUUACCCUUCAGCUACAGACCUAAACUAACAUGAUAUAAGGUUAAAUUACAGAACAUUCAUCUCUGUGUCUCUCAAAAUGGAUCAGCUCAGUCGAUUCAGCAGUCCCAAGUAGCCGGGCCGUCUUGUAUUCAGCGUCAGAGCAAUGGUAACAGGGACAAUGUGCUACAGUUUGACAACUACAACUUCCAAUAUGACAACGAACAAUACCUCCACGCUCAGCCUCAGGCCUACAACAACAACAUGGACAUGAUUCAUUCUCAACAUUUGAGUCGGCUGCAUUCUUACAGUCAGGUAACAUCAUUUAUAUUGUCAUAGGUAGUAGUAUUCACUUUUUUUCUAUUUUUAAUAGUUUUUACCUAAUUAAUGCUACCUUAUGGAUAAUAUGGUGUCUUUGGGUGAAUACUUAUCUUAAAUCAAAGUGUCACAUUAAAUUUGGUUUUGAUACUUUGAGUAGGACUGGUUUUUGUACUCUAUGACCAUUUUAAUAGUAUGAUCGCCUUCAGAACGAAAACAACUACUUAAAUACCUCAGGGCAUCCGAACGAAUGUCGUUUUGUACAGUUGAGUCAGCAUCAGUUUAAUCAUAUCAGCUCAAGCUUUCCAUUUCCUUUAAAGCACGAAAAUGACACAGUAAGUUACCGUAUACCUUAAUAUACAAUUACACCAGGAACCCUCAUCCGACGAGAGCAACAUCAGCGAACAUCAGAAUGGCGUUAUACGGAAAGGUAAGACUGAUAGUAUUUUAGCUUAUCAUAUGUUACUCAAUUGCCUUACUUACACCCCUCUUCCCCCUGGGCUCUAGAGCUUUACCACCCAUUAACUCUAUCAUAUUAAUGUAAACUUUGAUAUUACAGUAGAGCGAGCCAGGUCGAUGAAGAGUUUCCUCCCCACCGCCAUCUCCAUGAUCGACCCCCAACUGAGCUGUCUGAUCCAACAAGCAGAUGAAGCUGGCCUUCUGAAUCCGAUGGCAACAUUCUGUUCCGUGCCCGGCCGCCUCAGUUUGUUAAGUAGUGCUGCCAAAUACAAGGUUACAGUAGGCGAGAUCCAACGUCGAAUAAACCCUCCAGAAUCCUUGAAUGCUUCGGUUUUGGGCGGGAUUCUAAGGAGGGCCAAGUCGAAGGACGGAGGGAAAUCGUUGCGGGACCAGCUGAAGGUGGUUGGACUGACACUGCCAGCGGGCAGGAGGAAAGCUUCUAAUGUGAAUUCAUUGACAGCGUUGGUUGAAUGUAAGUUAUGUUUUGAGAAACUUUGAAACCUUAAAGAGUGUUUUAAAAUUUAAUUUUUUCAAUUUUAUAAUGAGAAUUUCAAAAAAAACUUAAAAUUUUUUAAAAAUUUAAAAAUUAGGUAAUAAAUUUAGAUGAAGCGAAUCAAUUGGCAAUUGACUUUGACAAAUUGUGUGAAAAUGAAUUUCCAUCGAAACAAAUGGCAGAAUUCGUGAUGAAGACACGAUGCCGAGAGGAUUCAGCCAAGGAACAAAGGAAGAACAUGGUCAUGAUGGCAAAGUAAGUCUACGUUUACUCGAAAGCUUAUAUUGCCUAAAAACUAAAAAUCUACUAAAACAAUAUAUUCUAAUAUACAACUUGUUACUCGAACAGUAAUUUACUUUACAACUAAAUAAAUAAAAUAUAAGAUGUUAUUGUUAAUAAUAUUACCAUUAACAAGAACAUCUUAUUCUAAAAAAGAUAAUAUAACAUUAACAUAAUAAACUUCAGACAACUAGUGCAAGAGUUCAACAACAUUUUGAGUUUGGAUGGAAGUCCCAGCUGCAACAAUCCGCCUCGACAAACUCUAGAUCCAGCCAUUCAAGGACCACUCACCCACUUUUCUCUGGUCAGUUUGGUACACUUUCUUUUUAAAAUCAAUUUUAGAUCAAAGUUUCUUUUUAAAAUGAUCAAUUUUUCAUAAUCCAAACAUUUGAAACUGAAAACGUUCCCAAUUCAGGUUACUCAUGGGUUUGGUGGGUCAGCAGUGCAGUCUAGCCUGAACGCCUUCAGCAACUACCUGAACGAGUUGGUGAGGCUGAUAGAAGCCAAGUAG